UCCCUAUAUUAUGUUCCUUCCCCUCUUUUGGUGCUCUCAUAUGUACUUUGGCCUUUCACAUUCUGACACACUCAAUCCCUCCUUUCCUUUGUAUUGAUCUUUUCAAAACCAUGGUGCCUUCAAAGAAGUUUAGAGGUGUUAGGCAAAGACAUUGGGGAUCUUGGGUCUCCGAAAUUCGUCAUCCUCUUCUGAAGAGAAGAGUUUGGUUGGGGACGUUUGAGACGGCGGAGGAGGCAGCGAGAGCUUAUGAUCAAGCGGCCGUGUUAAUGAGCGGCCGGAAUGCGAAAACCAAUUUUCCGAUGAGCCAAACGACGGUGUCGGAGUUUGAAAAACCCGACAAUAAUAUGAUCAAUAAUAUCAUUUCUCCAUCUUCUCCAAAGGGCUUAUCGGAGAUUCUCCACGCCAAGCUCCGAAAAUGCAGCAAGGUGCCGUCGCCAUCGAUGACAUGUCUCCGACUGGACACCGAAAAUUCCCACAUCGGCGUUUGGCAGAAACGCGCUGGCCAACGCUCCGACUCCAGCUGGGUCAUGACCGUUCAUCUUGGAAAAACCAACUCCUCCUCCUCCUCCUCCUCCACCACGGCAGGCGGAGGAGAGGACGGCGCCGACGGUGGGCGGGUGAAAAGGAAUAAAAGAAGUGGGAGUUUUUCUGGUUUGAUGUCGUCGUCAGAAGGUAGUGGCGGUGGGAGCUGCCACAUGAGGAAGUUGGAAAUGGAUGACGAAGAAGAAAGGAUUGCAUUACAAAUGAUUGAGGAAUUACUGAGCAGAAAUUAUGGUAACCCAUCUGAAAUUAUUCAACUUCAAGAUCAUCUUCAUGGGGAGGAACCAACUUUUUUACCCUCUCUAAUCUAACUAAUUAUAUAUAUAUAUAUACACACACACACACACAUACAUAUAUAUCGUUGUGCAUUUAUAAUAUAAUUAUAUGAAUAUGAUAUAGUGUUAAAAUAAUUAGGCUAAAUUUCAAAAAAAAAAAAAAAAGAAAAGAAACCAUUGCCCUUUUGUUUAAAAGAUAUAAUUCAUCUUUUGAAAACUAAAACAUUAUCUUUAAUUAACUUCAUUCAAGUGUGUUUAAUUCCUUCAAAAAUUUGUUAGGAUUUUAGAUAUAAAUUAAGGUUGAAAAAUGUUUGUGGUAGUGACGGUUCUUUGAAACUUUAUUUCCAUUCUAGUAUUACCACAGUCUCGAUUUUUUUUGUCUGACGUUAUUUGUUGUUCAAGGAUAGUUUUGAAAUGUUUUGAAAACGUUAAGGAUUAUAUAUAUAUAUAAUUUUUAGAAGAUUUGGGUUAUCUUUUAAAUAAAGGGCAAAGAGGUACAUUUUGGUAAUUUAGCCUAAAAAUAAUUUAUGUAUGCAUGUAUUUAAUUUAUACAUGUAUGAAUGGUGUGGCAAGUGUAAUUGUACAUUGAUAUAAAAUAUAGAGUUCAUUGUGAAAGAA